CGACAACAAGGCAUUGUCGCGCUUCUGGCCGUAUUCCCUCUUUGAUAGUUAUCACAGGAACACUAUCUUGAAUGAAAAACUAUAUUGGAAGGGACUGCACCUCUAAGAACCAAGCUAAUGUCGCGCAACUAAUAACCUGCCCCCCCCAUGGCUACGUGGAACAUCGUUUGGCUAAUAGGGACGUGUGUGAUUCUCUCGUUAGGAAGUGGACAAAACACUGCACUAAACAAACCAACAUGGAUGAGUAGUACCAGGAGAGUACAAUACGCCCACACAGCGGUAGAUGGGGAGACUGACGCGUACAACGAGUCACUGACAAUCCACACCAAGCUGAAUGAGCCCAGUGCCUGGUGGAAGGUUGACCUUGAGACGGAGGUUCAGUCUCCACUGAUCAUCCUCUAUUUCAGAUCUGACUACAAGGCUCGCCGUAAUGGGAUACAAUUUUAUACUUCUGUUACAAAUCCUGUUACUCCAAAAGACGGAAAUCUAUGUUACACGGUCAGAGGACGGAGUGACGGCAGAGAUAUUCCUGAUAUUCUGAACGUUACCUGUGAUGAAACCUUUCGUUACCUGACUCUAUACACUGAGACAGCCAAUGACCACAGUGGCCCUGUGUUAGACUUUGCUGAAGUACAGGUGUGGAAUACGUACCAAUCAUACAGCCCAUUCACAGGAGAUGACGUUGAUGAUACUCACACACAAUUUGCAAAUAUAAAGGCUUUGGUCACAGGUAAUGGCCGAAACGUUGCACUGAAUAAAGAAACAUCGAUGAGCAGUACAAGGAGAGUUCAAUAUUCCCGGAGAGCUGUUGACGGAGUAACUGAUGGUAAUGACGAGUCAAUGACAAUACACACCAAGGAAGACAAACCCAAUGCAUGGUGGAAGGUAGACCUCGAGAUGGAGGUACAUUCUCCCUUGGUUAGACUCUUCUUCAGGUAUGACUAUAUGAAACGGCGUAAAGGCAUACAGUUCUACACAUCACAAACGGAUUCCCCUGAUCCCAAGGAAGGUGAUUUGUGCUACACUGUCACAGGACGUGCGGAUGGUAGAGACAUCCCGGAUGUACUGUAUGUGAACUGUUCUGGUGCCUGGCGCUACUUGACCGUCUAUACAGAAACAAAUAAUGAUGGAGGUGGUGCUGUUUUAGACUUUGCUGAAGUAGAAGUGUGGAUUCCAAAGUCAACGUUAACGACAGUCCCCCCAGGCUGUGCGACAGGACAGAGGUAUGGACCUAAUUGUAGGAAGUCAUGCAUUGCUCGGCACUGUAGAAUGGCGUCCAGUUGUGAUGUGACACAAGGUGCGUGUGACGGUGGAUGCAAGGCUGGAUGGCGUGGAACAGACUGCACACAGGUUUGCCCUGGUGGUGUCUACGGUGUCGACUGCAGCAAUGGGUGUGGUAGGUGUGGUAACAACAGUUCGUGUCACCACGUGACCGGAAUCUGUCCAGAAGGAUGUGAGACGGGGUGGCAGUUGGAUCUAUGCAAAGAAGCCUGUCCUAAAGGGAAGUACGGAGUGAACUGUGUGUCUGACUGCGGUCACUGUAAUCGGACGUGUGACGUGGUGGACGGGAGAUGUCUUCACGGAUGCAGUAAUGGAUACAUCGGUCCUCGUUGUCUACGCGCCAUUGCCUGUCCUAAAGGGAAGUACGGAGUGAACUGUGUGUCUGACUGCGGCCACUGUAAUGGGACGUGUGACGUGGUGGACGGGAGAUGUCUUCACGGAUGCAGAAAUGGAUACAUCGGUCCUCGCUGUCUACGCGCCAUUGAAACAACGAACAUACUUCCCAACAAAUCGACACAAUCUUUUACCAACAUAACUGGUUUGGGGGUUCUUCUUGGUGGACUUGUGGGUAUGGUGCUGACACUUAUGCUAGCUGUUGGAGUGUAUCUAUGUUUACGCUGCCGAAAAAGUGGGUUGUACUUGAAUCGCAGGUCUGUGGAGGCGGAGAAGAGUAAAGACACACAGGAAUCGCAUACCAUUGUCAAAAGAAUCGAGACCUGUGUCUAGAACAUCUGAAGGCAUCCACUGAUAGCUAUGGGAACUACAAAUAGUACAAGCUGACAAAUGAAGAAUUCGUCAGGAAUUGAAGAAUGUUGAAACUGACAAAGGAUGCAUUUUAUGUAGACAUACCAGUUUAUCUCCCCCCAUUGUUCUAAAACAGUAUUCUUACAGGUCAUUCCACAGCCUGUUUCUCGUGUCGGAAUGCUUCAUUGACAUAGCUGGUUUUCACUGACUGGUACCACCUUGUACCAGUUCCAAGAUAUUGCCAUGCUACUGCAUGUUCCUCAUUAUAAUGCCUACCACUAGGCUUAAUAACACAGCACUGUGUAGUUGUAGCCCUUGGCCGUACCCUCAUCUGCUGCUCAGAGCUUCAAAUCCAAGAUUCCCCCUAUGUACUUUUUGUUUUAAUGUUAGUAAAAUGUUAUAUUAAUAUCAUAUAAAAUAUGCGUGUAAUAAAAGACAAUAAAUAAGUGUGCGCACCAUAUUAUUUCUUGUUACAAA